AAUGAGACUCUCACUGUGAGGAGUACUUGUACAGUUGCGAUCGGGAGGGUGAGAGAAAAUAUCAACAGAAGAAGCUUGCGUUCUUGGGCAGCGCUUGAGAUCAGUCAUGGAUGAUUCUGAAAAUCUUUUAUUUUUCUAAUGCGCUUGGAACUAAUGAAGAAGUGUGCAUGCUAUCAACAGCAACGACGAUCUGCGUUAUUUUGUUUUCGUUCUAUUCUGUUUUUCAAUCUCUUCCUUUAAAAGAAUGUGGUUGAAUCCAGAGGAAGUUUUGCUGAAAAACGCGCUGAAGCUUUGGGUUACCGAAAAAUCAAACGAUUUCUUCAUUUUGCAGCGCCGAAGAGGACAUGGGGAUUCAGGGGGAAAAUUUACAGGUCUUCAUAUGUUCUCUACAAUUCCAUACAGGUCUUCUGGUGGGAGCUCUGGACACAGUGCUGGACUCCAACGCCCGGGUCACACCAUUCCGUAUCCUGCUACAGGUUCCUGGGUCACAGGUCAGCUGGACUAUAGCUUGUGGUGCUGCUGUUGAGGACAUGAACAGGCAUUGGGACUGGCUGGUCCAGAAUCUACUCCACUCUCUCUCAGUAUUUGAGAACAAGGAGGAUGUCGCCAGCUUCGUCAAAGGGAAAGUCAAGGGUCUGAUAGCAGAGGAGGUGAGGGGGAAGCAGGCGGCUCAAGAGGAGGACCCAGAGAAGUUCCGGGAGGUACUGCUGAAGUUUGAGCUGCGUUUCGGCCUGCCCUCCUCAGAGAAGCUGGUCACCACCUACUCCUGCUGCUGCUGGAAGGGACGCGUCCCCCGACAUGGCUGGCUCUACCUCAGCAUCAACCACAUGGCCUUCUACUCCUUCCUGUUGGGAAAGGAAGUGAAGUUUGUGAUCCCGUGGGUGGAGGUGACGAGGCUGGAGCAGGUCUCCACUGGCCUCAUGACGGACAUGGUGCGUGUGACAACGCGGCGGCGCCAGCGGGACUUCUCUAUGUUCCUGAGCCUGGAUGAGGCGUUCGGGGUCAUGGGUCAGCUGGCUGACAUCGCACUGCGACGCCUGCUGGACAGCGGAGGUCUAGAACUGGAUCAAGUCCUCCAGCAGUCCUCCAACAUCACCAAGAGGGUUCUGGAGGAGCAGGCAUUGAGGGCGUACGUCCUGGCUCUUUUCCGGCUACCGCGGGCCGAGUGUCUCCAGGAGGUGGCUCUGUGUUCAGUGUGGACACCCCAUGCACGCUGCCACACAGCUGGAACACUCUACACCACCGACAGCUACCUAUGCUUCGCCAGUCGAGAGGAGGGCCACUGCAGCCUGCUCAUCCCCCUUUCAGAGGUGAUCUCCAUAGAGAAGGCUGAGAGCACCAGCCUGCUGCCCAACCCAGUGAUCGUCAGUGUGAGGAGUAAGAAGGCAUUCCAGCUGAUCGAGCUGCAGGACAGAGACAGCCUGGUGGAUAGUCUGAUGUCACGGCUCAGAGCCCUGCAAUGGAAACACUCCAUGUUCCACAGCAAGAAAUCUCUGACGUCCUCGUCUCCCUACUAUACCUUCUACUAUGACACCAUGUACUGUGACGGGGAGGAGAUCGAGGAGAGACCACUACGUCACACAGUGAAUACAGAGGCUCUGAUGGCAUACUACCACCACUCUCAACCUGACCUCAACAAUAGCACGGCUACCAUGGAGCAGGUGAAAGAGCGUCUGUGGGAUGACCACUUCUCUGCGUAUGGUCGAGGUGUCCACAUGUUCCGCACAGAGAAGAUCCAGAAGCUGGUUGCCAUGGGAAUACCAGAGUCGCUACGGGGAGAGCUAUGGAUGACCUUCUCUGACUCAUCGUCAGAGUUGGCUUCCCACCCAGACUACUACUCGGGGCUGGUGACGGAGUCUAUAGGGCACAGCAGCCUGGCCACGGAGGAGAUCGAGAGAGAUCUGCACCGCUCGCUGCCCGACCACCCCGCCUUCCAGAACGUCACGGGCAUCGCUGCCCUACGCCGCGUCCUCACCGCAUAUGCCCACCGCAACCCCAAGAUUGGCUACUGCCAGUCAAUGAAUAUCCUGGCAUCUGUGCUGCUGCUGUACACUAAAGAGGAGGAGGCCUUCUGGCUGCUGGUGGCUGUGUGUGAGAGAAUGCUGCCUGACUAUUUCAACCGCAGAGUCAUAGGUGCUCAGGUGGACCAGUCAGUGUUUGAAGAGCUGAUCCAGGAGCGUCUUCCCGAGUUGGCUGAGCACAUUCCCGACCUCUCCCCCCUCUCUUCCCUCUCCCUGUCCUGGUUCCUCACCCUCUUCCUCAGUGUGCUUCCCUUCCGCAGCGCCGUCUGUGUGGUAGACUGCUUCUUCUUCCACGGCAUCAAAGCCAUCUUCCAGCUAGGGCUAGCUGUGCUGGAUGCGAACGCUGCGGCACUGUGUGCUAGUGCAGAUGACGGCCAGGCCCUCAUGAUCCUCACUGGCUUUCUGGACCACGUGAAGUACGAUGAGAAUCCGUCUCCACCUGCCCCUCACCCUCCCUCGUCUCCGAGGGGGGAGGAGGAGUGCAGCACGACUGUAGAACUACACACCCUGAUCACAGACCUCAUCAUUGACUCCUAUGAGAAAUUUGGAGACCUUACAGUGAGACAAUUAGAGCGGUUGCGAUGCAGACACCGGAUCCAGGUUCUCCAAGCGCACGAGGACAUCACCAAGGAGAACGCACUCAGGGUGGUGACCCCAGAUGUCUCUCUCUCCCCUGAAAACCUGGCUGAUGUCUACGACCUCUUCAAGACAGAGCACUUCAUCAACCUGUACUGGGGUGAUGGGAGCACCACUGUGGCUCUCCAGCACCAUGACCCAGGCCAGCCCUAUGUGGAGCAGUACAGAGUGGACCGGGCCCAGUUCAAAAGCCUGUACGUGCUACUGGUUCCCUGGCUGUGUGGCCUCCACACUGACACCGUGGCCCACAGGACCUUCACACUGCUGGACCAGGACAGAGACUUACUCAUCACCUUCAGAAAGUUUGCCGGGUGGCUGGACACACUAUACUGUGAGGAACUGAAUGAGAAGAUCAGACUUCUGUAUCGUUUGCACAUACCUCCAGCUCUGACUGAGAGUGAGGAUGACUCUCCUCCACUGAAGAGCCCUCUGCUGUCCACUACCAGACCACUCCAUAUAGAGAUGCCUAAUGCUCCUGUGUGUGUUCAUGUUGAAGAGGAGAUCAGAGACUAUCAGGAGCAGUUGAAGCAGAUGUUGAAGGACCUGGCUCAGGAGAAAAAUGUGGAGAAACCGCUACCUCUAAUGAACCAGAGGGAGUUCAUCCAGUUCUGUAAGACCCUCUACAGCAUGUUCCAUGGCAACCCAGAUGAGAACGAGCUCUUUCAGGCCAUCGCUACAGUGACCAGCCUGGUGCUGCAGAUCGGUGAGGUCGGCCACCGCAGCCGGUCAGAGGUCAGCAGCGAGGGCGGGGCCGGAGAUGAGGUAGAGGAGGAUCACAGGGAGGGGAGUCAAGAAGACCACCCUGUCUUCAGCACCAAAGAAGGAGAUGGAGAGAGGGAGGAGGGAACCAGGAAGAGUUCCGAGCGGUCUGAGAGUUCGAGCGAGUGGACGGUCAGCUACGCUCAGAUCCUGGCCUCGCUCCUCACAGAACAGCAGCUGGUCAACUUCUUUGAGAAACCACUGGACCUGUCAGCAAAGGUGGCUGUAGCAAAGGUGAAACAGUACCAUGAAAGGGCCGGUCUGCUUAUGCUUCAGCAAGGAACCAGCUGAUUUAACAUGACCAAGAGAAUGACCAUGUGACACAAUACUGGGUUUCUAAUCUAGUUGCUUGUCUAGAUGCCAGGCAGAUUUGUCUCCAAUAAGUUGUCUGUGUCCUCUGUCCUACAAGGAUGAGUGGGUAGCAAUAGUCCAUAUGUGCCUAUAUUGAGUUGUAGGUCUGUUAAGCACGAGGGAGAAGUACUGUAGAUGUGUAGGUCUUCCUAUCCUGAUGAAAUGUGGCCUCGUCUUCUGGGACCAGCCGCUCAGUUUGAAAACAGGUUUACCAAACCGGAGGUGGCUGAGACGUGCAUGAUAAUCAAUGAAGACUACAUGUAUCAACCAGUCAAUCAUAUAUAUAUAUAUACUACUGUGAGAACAUCCCACACAUGAAACAUCAUGAAAAGGGAUACUAACAUUUCUCAGUAUUUGUAGACAUUUUCAUUUUCCUUCAUCCAGUCUAUGAAAUGGGAACAAAUUCAAAUAUUUUAUGACAUUGGCUGCGUGGUUGGUAAUACAGCCUAGGCAGGAUCUUGUUUGCCAUAUCUUCCAACCUCAAGGAGAGCAGACAAGUGUUAUUUUCCUGCCAAAUAUUUUUUGCCUUUAUUUACUGCACAAUGUUUGUCAUACAAUAAUGGAACGUUGGAAUGUCACCUUUGUGUGCAACAUUGUAAAUGUACUUAUUUUGUCCUGUAUUGAUCUAAUUAAUGUAUUUUGUUCUUUAAGAAUUCCUAUUUUAAGUGUUCUGUAACUGUUUGAGCCUGUUAUUCUACCAAGCAUAUUUCUUAAUUCAAGUGUUAGUGACCAGUAUUGUAUUAUAGACCAAAGUCCUACACACCUUCUCAAAAUCAGUUGAGAUACCAACUACACAAACGAUACCGCUGUGCCUCAGAUUUGGUUAAAUGUGUCUUCUAUACAGAGAACUUGAUUUUGCCAAUAAAAUCAGUAAUGACAUUUAGCUUUGGGUUAUUCCAGAACCUGACUGUCCAGUUCACUGAUGCACCUUUGUUUUUUAAAACAUUUUUAGUGCAACGAAGUUCACUUGAGGUGCAUUAUAAAUGGGACCUUUGAUCAAUUCUUUAACAUCAAUUUCAUGUCUGCUGCAGUCUAACAUGGGUUGUUUGUAAAUCAUUAAAACAAUACGCCUCA